CACCCUUUCACCCGAGAGAUAAUGCAUAUAUAAUGAAGAGAUCAGAUCCUCCAGGCACUCGGUAGAGAAGGAGGACCGUCAUUAAACAAUCACGUUUGCGAGGCUGACAUCGACAGGCAAAAAUGAAGCGCUUACCAGCGACAGUCCCUUUAUACCUGAUGGCUCUACUGACGAUUCAUGCACGAGGAUCCUCGGACCCCCAAACAGAACUGACACUGACGAAAAUCCAAAAAGGUUCCAAAGAUGCCACAGGAAUGGUAGAGUACUGUUUCACCUUAAAUUCUACAUAUCCCAUCAAAAACAUACACACCAUAGUACUCAACGUAAAAUCAGGAACGCAGGAGACUAAUUACGAGAAUAGCAACGUAUCCCAAAUAGACGAUUCCAAGGACACCACCAUUCCUUUUCAAGUUGAGGAGGGCCAAUUCCCAUUCACAAACAGGUGACACUCUUCAUGACUGUUCACAACGCCUCGCAACAUACUUUGGCAUACUUGGAGGAAACCUGGUCUCCACAAGACAUCAAUCCUGAAAUGACAUGGGUUGGACCUGGGGACGACUCUCCUCACAAGCAUUCACUUAGGGUGAAUACAAUUAUUGAUAUUACAUUCGGAAACCAACAAUGCAAUAGUGGUUCCAGUCCAUGUUACUUCCUUCACUAUGAGGGUGAGAGCCCUUCUGAGAUAUGCACAAAAGCCAAGCUCGACGAAAAAACGCCUACUAACUUCCUUGAGUGUGAUGCAACACUAACUGUUGAUAAUUCUCCAGAUAUAGCAUCAGUGCAAGAAAUCCUUUUAACUCACAAGAUCGGAGGAAGCGAAAGCCUGGAAAUAGGUGCCACAUACGCUUCCAACUCAAAGGAAAUGGAAAUCCAGAUUUAUGACGGAAACGACUUGAAAAUCAACAGUUUUGGGAGGUGCGAUAUAAACAUCACAGCAUGCACAGUUACGGACAUAGAAUGGCCGUCACAAGAACCUCUCUACAUCCUUAUGACUGCACUGGGUGAAGACAAACACGUCAUAGAAUCUAAUGAACUCCAAUUUGUAGAUUACAGUACCGAGGGACAACUCCUCACAGAAAGCAUCGUCGAAAUACGAUGGAGCAGCCGCGAAAAUAUAACUUUUGAUGUAAAGCUACAAGAACAAGAUACGAAAGUCACGACCGUCUCGCUGACCUGCGGAGAUAUGGACAACGCUAAGUGCAAGGCAUACUUCUUAGAACUUACCGACCAGAAGACUUACACAGCAAGUGUGACACACAAGUCAGACACAUCUGUUUCAUACACAGUUGCUACAGAAAUUGAAAAGACGACACCAGAUAUAGCAACUCUGACAAUCACGAAAUUCACCGAAUUAGGCUCCGGAGAUUAUACCGUGGCUCUUUCAUCAUCAAUUUCCACAAUUAUCGACGUCGGGACCAUUUACUUGGCGAUCAUCGAUUCCAAAGAAACGGCAAAACUCAAGGAGACAAUUAUUCAGAGCGUCACGGCCGGCGGACAACUUUCCGACGCAGAACGGAACUUCAAUUUUACUAUUGACAGAUCACUUCUGGCUCACAGGGAAAACCUUUCAUUGGUGAUCACUGCCCACGGAUCGGAGGACGAUGACAAUGCACUGGGUGUUGCAAAAGUAGACACACAAUUUGAAGACAUUAUUCCACCAACAAUAAAUGAGGUCGGAACAAAUUCAUCACUGUGGAUAAGAGCCAGAACAGAUGAGUUGGACCUGACAGUCAAUGGUCGAGAAUGUCCGGCCAAUUCAACUACAUAUUUCCCAAUGGAAGAUGAUUUCAAGGAACCUUUAAACCUAUGCAGAAAAGCAGGAACAAACCUUAAUUCCACUGAAAUGGAACAAUGCAAAAUAGACGGCACCAUAAUUCAUCUACAAGAUACUAUUCCCCUACAAUACAUGGAGUUACUUUACCCAGCGACAGACGACAAGCCAAGUAUGACAAUCACGGUGGAUUUCCAGGGAGAAGCAGACACCAUGGAAGAAGUCAUUUACUACGAUGACACCAAUCACAGUCCUGGCAAAUGCCAAUUAAUAAAUGGAGAUUCCGAAGGUCUGAGGAACUGCACAUUCCUAGAUGUUACUACACAACCAAACUCCAAUAUCUUGCUGGUGGUGCUAAAUGAGGAAACAGUUGCAGCAUCGACUAUGGUACCGUUCGAGGAUUAUGGAACCGAUGCCAUGGGCAUUUUAGCAGACAUGAUACAAGCGUCCUGGAGUGCACAUGACAAAACCACUUACGAUUGCUAUCUGGAUAAAGAAGUACCGGGUUCCUUCAACAUGUUACAUGUUACCUGUGGGGCCGACGAAGUCAGUAAAUGCUUGGCCUUCUUCCCGGACCUCGAUCACACUUCCUACACGGUCAGAGUAAAGAAACACCAAAAUGGAGACCUAAACGUUGUGGGAAAAGUAGUAAAUAUGCCAACAACACCUUGAAAGCUUCCACUACAAGAACUUCAAUCUGAAACCGUACAAACACUAGAGUACAAAAGAGGCUUCCAGCAUCCCUGCAGAUGCAUAUCACAGCCUUAUGCUUAAUGGCAGAGUUUUCUAUAUAAUAACAGAUUCUUUUGUUUCAAAUGACUUUUUUUAUGUUUAAAUCAGGCUAUUAAACUAAUAACAUCCAGGGUAACAGAAA